AGCUGGGCACGAGGCUGGGAGGCUGGCUAGCAGUCAUCCCAGCAGGUUUCCGUGCCACGGAAGUGUCACGGUCUUCUAUCAUCUUUCCGUAAAACGUAGCAAUGAUGCGACGCGCAUUUCAAAUGAAGCUGUGCAGCCUGCUUUGCUUGCUGUACAACAUCAGGGCUGCCAAGGUACGGCCACUUCCGGUCAACCUUUCCUUCGGCAGAUUGGAGGACAGGGUUGGGCUGAACGACAGCAUGACAGUCUUUCACAAUUUCACCUUUCAUACCAAUCUUAGCACACUGGGCGGUGGGCGGUCACCGAACCUCAAGGAGAGCAGCCUGGCCAACCACACGAUCGAACUUCAUGAGCAUGACGAUGAGCAUGACGCCGAUGAACAAGACGAACAAGAUGAGCAUGACAAUGCGCAGGAUCAGCUUGACCAAGCGCAAGAUGAGCAUGACGAAGAGUUCGAGCACGACAAUGUCACCGUCGCCGAGUUCGAGGAUGAAGAAGUGGGCCUCGCUGCCGAGGGGAGCAACUACUCCAGCCACGAGAUCCGCACCGAGUCCUCGGUGACCAUUCACACCGUAACAUCUGGCUGGUCUGGUGGCAACGAUGACAACGUCGCCUCGGUCAACUGCCCCAGCAACAACUAUGUGAAGAAAUGCUGGGUCGGCGAAUCAAGAGAUCUAGGCCAUCGACGCCGCCGCCGCGGAUCGCCGCGCCGCCGCCGCUGGGGUUGGGGGACGGAUUCCCGGAACAAGGGUGAUGGCACCUUUGUGACCAAUGGCGGCAAGAAGUGCGAGGCCAGGACAACUGGGAACACCCAGGUGAAAGCCAAGGCCGAGUGCUGGAAAUGGAAGACGGAGCCAAAGGUAAGCAGUGGCAGCUACAAAUCUGGCUGGGUCGAAGCGUCAUGCAGCGCGGGCGAGCCCGUCAGCUGCACCUGCCACACUGCCUGGCGGGUAAAUGACAAUUGCCAUGCUGGAACUGGCCGGCGAAGACGGAGGAGAGAACAGGAGUCAUUCGGUCCGAGCGGUGGUAAGUGCACACGCUACACACACCUGCGUCGCCGUCGUCGACAUGCAGGCAUCCAGGUCUAUGCGCUUUGCUGGACCCCGUACAGCUGCAGCACUGGCUCCGGCAGCCGCUGCAAGACCUGCAAGAACAAGGAGGAUCGUGAGGCGACGAACCACUGCACUGCCUGCAACAGUGGCUACUACCUCUCCGGCAAAACAUGUAAGGCCUACAGCUGCUCGACGGGUUCGGGCAGCAACUGCAAGACGUGCAAGGGCCAGUCUUCCCGCACGGCCAACAACCAGUGCUCUGCCUGCAACUCUGGCUACGCCCUGGUUGGCACGAGUUGUAAGAACUCCCACACGGUAAUCUCCGGCUGGUCUGGCAGCAACGAUGAUAACACGGCCUCAGUGACAUGCCCGAGUGGCAUGUGGGUGAAGAAGUGCUAUAUCGAGGCAAAGCAGGGCCGCCGCCGGCGUUGGGCUUCCAGCUCAACACGGGGCGAUGGCAGCUGGGUGACCGAUUCAGCAACAAAAUGUCAGGCGCAGACAACCUCCCUUACCCACGUGAGGGCAAAGGCGGAUUGCUCGACCACUGAGAUGGUGACAAAGGAUAGCGGCGACUGGAAGGAGGGCACGGUCUCAGCAUCGUGCAGCUAUGGUACACCUGUCAGCUGCAGCUGCCGCAGUGCCUGGAGGGUGAACGACAAAUGUAUUACUGCCGGUCGACGAAGGGUCUCCGCUGCGGAGAGUUUCAGUCCAUCGGGCAACACGUGCACUCGCUACCCCGUUGUCGCAAGUCGCCGCCGUCGUCGAAGCCCCGGUGUCCAGGUCACUGCAAUCUGCAAUAUCCCCUCAUGCAGCACCGGCUCGGGCACCCGUUGCAAGACGUGCCAGAGCAAGCGGGACCGCACGGCAGUGGAUCAUUGCACCUCCUGCAACAGCGGGCACUACCUCUCCGGCACAUUGUGCAAGGCCUACAGCUGCUCGACGGCGAGUUCAGGCAGCAAAUGCAGGACGUGCAAAAGCCAGUCUUCACGCACUGUCAAUAACCACUGCGCAACCUGCAACUCUGGCUACGUCUUGAUCGGCAAGGACUGCAAGAACGAGCACACGGUCUAUUCGGGUUGGUCUGGCGACAGGGAUGACCAAACAACAUCAGUCGACUGCCCCGCUGGAAUGUGGGUGAAGUCGUGCUCUAUCAGCAAUUCUCAACAAUCAGGCCGCCGCCGAUGGAGCAGCAAGGGGGACGGCACAUUUGUCACCAACCAAGGCACAAAGUGCCAGGCGCGGACAACCUCCAGCACCAAGGUGCAAGCCAAGGCAGUCUGCUGGACCACUGACACAACGCCAAAGGUCAGCAGCAGCGACUACAAGACUGGCGAGAUCUCGGUGCAGUGUCCUGACGGUGAUCCCGUUAGCUGCACCUGCCACACAGCCUGGAGGGUGAAUGAUCAUUGCCGAGAUGGCCGGCGGAGGUAUACGACAGCAGAGAGCUUCUCUCCUCGCAAUGGCAAGUGCUCUCGUUAUACGCCGAAUGAUCGCCGCCGCCGCUUCCGGGGCAUCCAGGUGUAUGCUCUUUGCAAGACCCCCGACUGCAGCACCGGCUCCGGCAGCAGCUGCAAGACCUGCAGGGGCAGUGGUGACCGACUGGCCGUGAACCACUGCGCCUCCUGCAACAGUGGCUAUUACCUCUCCGGCACGACGUGCAAGGCCUACGCGUGUCAUCAAACUGGGGGCCGCGCCUGCAAGACGUGCGUGAGCCAGUCUUCUCGCACUGCCGACAACCAAUGCGCCUCUUGCAACACCGGCUGGGCUCUCGUGGACAAGACAUGCAAGAACGCCCACACGGUCAUCUCGGGAUGGUCCGGCUCCAACGAUGACAACACAGUCUCGGUCAACUGCCCGGGCGGCAUGUGGGUGAAGAAGUGCUACAUUGGCGAUGUCUCAGGUCCUGGCCGCCGCAGACGCCGCAGAACUUACGUCAAGGGUGAUGGCACCUUUGUGACGAAUCAGGGCAAGAAGUGUGAGGCGAGGACAACUGCGUCCACCAAGGUGAAGGCCAAGGCGGACUGCUGGACCACUGAGACCUUGCCGAAGUUGAGCGGCGGCUAUGCGAACGGCCUGGUCCGAGUGGGGUGCGACUCGGGCGACGCCGUUGGCUGCACUUGCCACACAGCCUGGAGGGUGAACGACAGAUGCCUGAGCGGCAGCCAACGAAGGAGGGUGUCCACAUCAGAGAGCUUCAGUCCAAGCAGCAACGGCAAGUGCGAGCGCUACACGAGCGCACGCCGCCGCCAGGGUAUCCAGGUCUACGCGCUCUGCUCACAAGCGAAGUGCAACGGCUACUCUUGCCCAGCAGGCUAUCAGCCAAAGUCUGCCUCCACCAUUGGAAGCAGCGUGGCGAGCUGCUGCAGCCAAGUUUCUUGCCCUUCCGGCUCCACUGGGACUAACGUUGUCAGUGGCUGCACCUGCAAAGCAGGCUACUCUGGCGCCAUCACCGCUUCAAGCACGUCUCCUUACUACACAGGAACAUGCAAAGCUGAAGCCUGCCCUGGGUGGACAACGGGCACGGAUAUCCCUAGCGGAUGCAACUGCUGGAGCGGCUACUUCGGGUCCAUCACCGCCAAAAGCGGAUCUCCUUACUGGCAGGGCGAUUGCAAGUACAUGCUGGUUGGUGCCACGAUCGCCCUGCACAACAGCGUCCACAAUCGUUUCGUGAAGAUGAUCACGAGCGAUUUGACGCGAAGUGCCAGGAAGAACCGCGGUGAUCUGCCAGAUGGCUGGGACUCAGAGCGCUUCGUGGUGCAACAUGGGGGUGAAGCCCGGAUCGGUCUGAAGUGCCUGAAGUACAACAAGUGGUUCAUGGUGGAGAAUCAGGACCUCAAGAACCAAGGGCACAUGUACGAUUGGGAGAAGUUCCGAGUUAGGGAUGGCGGCAGCGGUGUGGUGACCAUCCAUCAAGACAACUUCAAUCGCUUCAUCCGGAUGUCCGACUCGACGAUGGAUACGAGCUCCGAGACGGGUGACCCUGAGCGCUUCACAAUCGUGCAGGCAGUCCCCAAACUUCAGCCGGGCACGCUGGUGGCCUUCUAUUUCCCACACAGGGAUCGCUAUUUGCGGAUGAGGAAUGACGCCGCACUGGACGGGCACGGCAUCGCGCUUGCAUCGCUCAACGAUGACAACAUUGACCAUUUUUUCAAGGUUGUGGACGCUGGCUUCGGACAGAUUGCGUUGCACAACGCGCAUUUCAACGCAUUCAUUCACAUGAACGCCCAUGGCGUGUGGAAAACUCCCGUGAAGGGAGCCGGCGCUCUUCCCGAUUCUUGGGUCGAAGCAAGAUGGACCGUGGUGGCGGCUGAAUCCGGCCGGAUCGCGCUGCACAACGCAUAUCAUAACCGCUUCAUUGCCGUGGACUCAAACGGCAACACGUACCGCAGCGGGGUGAAGGACGGCGACGAGUUGCCCAGUGGCUGGACCAACGAGAGGAUGGAGGUUGUCAAGGUCUUCAUGUGCGAUACAACGAUUUGCAAGACCUGCAAGCCUGCCGGCGAGCGCCAGAUGGACAACCACUGCGCAUCCUGCCCCAGUGGCCAUUCGCUCUAUGCGGACACAUGCGAGGCCUUCACCUGUCAGACCGGCAAGGGCAACUUGUGCAAGAGCUGCAAGUCACUCAGCGACCGCACUAUGGACGGGCACUGCGGCAGCUGCAACCCCGGCUACAUCCUGAAGAGUGGCUACUGCCAGUCCAUGAUGGUUGGGGGCACCAUUGCCUUGCACAAUGAUGAGCAGAACCGCUACGUCCGCAUGACCUCCACUGAUGUGGACCGCAGCUCCACCAAGCCAGAGGACAAAUAUCCAGCGGGCUGGAAUCAAGAGAAGUUCACAGUGGUUGAUGCCGGCAAGGGCCGUGUCUACCUGAAGAAUGAAAGGCAUGGCAAGAUCAUCCGCAUCAAGGACGACCUCGACCUGGAUCGCGUGGAUCCACGUCCGCCGCAGUGUGAGGACAACAAAUUUGGGGGCCAAGAUUUCUGUUCUAUGUGGUGUAACCAUCAUGGCUUUUGGGGCUGCGGACAAUCGACGCUGGCAGGCGCCGAUGGCCGCAACACCGACAACAAGGAUUACACGUGCGACUGCGCCGGCUGCAGCGGUUGCGCUGAGAGCGAUGCUUAUUGGGUGCCGGUGGACACGAGCAGCAAAACGUCCGGCACCAUGGGCUUCCACAAUCCCAAGUACAAUACCUGGUUAAGGAUGACUCACGAGAAAAUGGUUAGCCACGGGUCCUUUGGUAUGAAUGAGAUCCAGGGAGCGUGGACGCACUUCCAGAUCGUCCAGCCUUGGCCUUUGCUGUAUCCUGGGAAGAUCAUUGCCCUGCACAACCCGAAGAACAACCGGUUCCUCCGCAUGACACAUGACAACAUGGGCCGAACAGCCGCGAAGGGCAAGAACAACUUCCCUGAUGAUUGGGACUACGCAAAAUUCCGAGUGGUGGACGGCGGAUUCGGCACAAUUGCUUUGCAUAGCGCCUUGUACGGCCGCUUCAUUCGGAUGAACGAUGCUGACCUGAUGAGGAGUGGCGUGAAGGGCUGGAACGCAUUGCCAAGUGACUGGACAGACGAGCGGUUCACACCCGUGGAUGGUGGCGACAACCAGAUCGCCUUCCACAACCCUUACAAAAAUCGUUUCAUCCGCCUCAGCGACAGCACCGCUGACACCAGCAGCACGAAGAACGCAGACGACCUGCCUUCUGGCUGGACCUGGGAACGCUUCGAGAUCAUCAAUGUAGAAUUCACAUGCGCGACGGGCAGCGGCAGCAAGUGCAAGACCUGCAAGAACCCCAAUGACCGCACGGCCAAUGACCACUGUGCCAGCUGCAACAGUGGCUGGAAGCUCUCGGGCACAAAGUGCGAGGCGGUGGCAUGCCCGGCAGACUCUACGGGCACCAACGUGGGCAGCGGAUGCACCUGCAGUGCUGGCUACUCUGGCACCAUCACCGCUUCUGACAGUUCUCCGUUCUACACAGGCUCGUGCUCAGCUGAAAACUGCCCAUCGUGGACUACGGGCACAAAGAUCGCCAAUGGAUGCACCUGCUGGGACCAUUACUUUGGGAGCAUCACGGCCAAGGUUGGAUCUCCCUACUACAGCGGAACCUGCAGGUCCAUGCUGGUUGGCGCCACGGUCGCCUUGCACAGCGGCGCCCAGAACCGCUUCGUGAAGAUGAUUACUGACGAUAUGACGCGCAGUGACACGAAGAACGUGGGUAAGCUGCCUGACGGCUGGGACUCCGAGCGGUUCGUGGUGCAAGAAGGAAGCGACGCCCGCAUUGGUUUCAAGUGCCUGAAGUACAACAAGUGGAUGAAGAUGGAUGGCUCGGACUUGAAGAACCACGAUGCGAUGAAAGGCUGGGAGAAGUUCCGCGUUGUAGACGGCGGGAGCGGAGUGCUGGCCUUCCAUCAAGACUCGCACAACCGCUUUGUCCGGAUGUCCGACUCCAAGAUGGACACCAGUGCCCUGAAAGACGCCAAGGCCCUUCCUAGUGGCUGGAGCUGGGAGCGCUUCACCGUGGUGCAGGCGAUCCCCGGCCUCAAGCCGGGCUCGGAGGUGGCCUUUUGGAUCCCAGCCAAGAAGUACUAUCUGCGGAUGAACACGGCCGCUGCGCUGGACGGCAAAGCGGAAACUGGGCCGGAAAAGCUGAAGGACAGCGCGGACGAACUGCGGUUCAAGGUGGUGGACGCUGGCUUUGGGCAGCUUGCCUUCCACAACGCGAAGUUCAAUUCCUACAUCCACAUGAACGCGCAUGGCAUUUGGAAGACCGCCGAGCUGGGCGCAGACGCCGCGAGCGUUUGGCAUGAAGCGAGAUGGACCGUGGUUGAUGCUGGAAGUGGCCAGUUUGCACUGCACAGCCCCAGCAAGAAUCGCUUCCUCGCUGUGAGCAGCGCCGGCAAGUCGUACCGCAGCGACGUCAAGGAUGGCGAUGAGUUGCCUGCUCAUUGGUCGGCGGAGCGAAUCCGAGUCAUCCAGGCCUACAAGUGCGCCACUGGCAGCGGCAGAAAAUGCAAGACUUGCAAGGCUGCAGGUCAACGCGAGGCGAUUGACCACUGCACCAGCUGCAACAGCGGUUACGCGCUGGUUGGAACGGAAUGCAAGGACGAGCAUGUGGUGUACAGCAGCCUAUCUGGCAGCAACGACGACAACAAAGCGACCGCCACUUGCCCUGCAGGCAUGUGGCUGAAGGACUGCGAGAUCGUGAAGGGUGGCUCGGAUUGGGGCGAUGGCCUCUAUGUGAACGACGCGGCCACCAAAUGCACUGUGCAGACGGGGACGACGGGGCAACGGCUCAAGGCCAAGGCCACAUGCUGGACAACAGAGACCUAUGGCAAGAACACCGGCGACAUGGCGACAGGAUCACACACCGUGGACUGCCCGAAAGCCAGAAACUGCCUCUGCAACAGUAUGUGGACCGUCGACACCAAGUGCGGCAACCAGCCACGGACCACGGCCAAGAGUGGCAAAUGCUCCGGAAGCGGCGGGAAGAGAAUGCUCAGCGCGGUGUGCAACAUCCUGGAUUGCCAAACCGGGUCGGGCAGCAGCUGCAAGACCUGCCAGAGCAAGAAUGCGCGCAAGGUGGUGGACCACUGCGCCUCCUGCAAUAGCGGCUACUACCUCUCUGGGAAGACAUGUAAGGCCUUUCGCUGCGACAAGUCCGGUGGCAGCGAUUGCAAGACGUGUGUCGGCCAGUCGUCUCGCACAGCUGACAAUCAAUGCAACGCCUGCAACUACGGCUAUGCCUUGAUCGGCAACGUCUGCAAGAAAGAGCACUCGGUGACCUCGGACUGGUCUACCAGGACUGAUGACAACAUCGUCUCGGUCAGCUGCCCCAGCGGCAUGUGGGUGAAGAAGUGCUCUAUUGGGGACUCGAAGCAAUUCAGCCACCGUCGCCGUGUGAGCGCGAGAGCGAAGGGCGAUGGCACCUGGGUGACGGAUGGCGGAAAGGAGUGCAAGGCACGGACGACCGCGGACACCCAGGUGAAAGCAACAGCAGUUUGCUGGACCACUGAAACAAAAGUGGAGGCAAGCGGCGGGCUAAGAACCGGCACUGUCUCCGUGAAAUGCAGCACGGGCGAUGCUGUUGGCUGUACCUGCCACACGUUGUGGAGAGCGCUGGACUUCUGCAAGAAAGACAGCAGUCGACGGAGGACGGGCGCGACCGAGAGCUUCAGCCCAAGCGGGGGCAAAUGCACCCGUUACACGGAGAAUCACCGGCGCCGUAGAUUCAAGGGUGUCCAGGUCUACGCACUGUGCUCGCAGGAGAAGUGCAAUGGCUUCGAAUGCCCCUCAGGCUAUUCGCCAAAGCCUGCUGACACCAUCGGGUCAAGCCAAGACACUUGCUGCGGCAGUGUCAACUGCCCUGCUGGCUCCACGGGAUCCAAUGUCCACAGUGGCUGCGAGUGCAGCGCAGGCUACAGCGGCACCAUCUCUAAAAGCACCAGCUCACCAUACUACACAGGA